AUGCUGGGGACCCACGCCGUCUGCAGGCUAACCGUGGCCUCAGACGCCAAACUCACGGUCGAAACAAUCGAAUCCGAAACAUACCACUCUUUCUCUUCCUCCGCCAUCCCGUUUUGCCAGACCGGUAGGGUGAGUCCACUCACCCUGGCAGCCUGGAAUGUUCGUUCCCUUUUAGACAAUCCGAGGAGCAACCGACUGGAACGGAGGAUAGCGUUAGUGGCUCGCGAACUGGCGCGCCACAAGGUGGACGUCAAUGCAUUCAACGAGGCUCGGUUUCCCGAACAAGGCCAACUGAGGGAGGUGAGUGCCAGCCACAUCUUCUUUUGCAGCGGUCGCCCCCCGGCGGAGCGACGGAAGGCGGGUGUCGCAUUUGCCAUCCGGAACGACAUCGUAGGACGACUGCCCUGUCUGCCGCAGUGUAUCAGCGAUCGCCUGAUGAGCCUCCACCCGCCUCUCCGGGGAGGCGAAUUCGCCACCAUCAUCAGCGUCGACGCUCCCCCAGUGACCAGCCCCGAGGCUGCCAGGGACAAAUUUUACAAGGACCUGCAUGCCCUCCCGGUGACUUUAUCCAAGGCGGAUAAGUUAAUUGUCCUUGGUGACUUCACAGCCCGCGUCGUCAUAAACCGUGCAACCUGGAGAGCAGUACUGCGUCCCCACGCUCUCGACAGCGCCAGUGACAAUGGCCUGCUCCUUCUACGAACCUUCGUAGAACACCGGCGCAUCCUGACCAACGCCUACUUGCGCCUGCCGGUGCGAGAAGUGGCAACCUGGAUGCACCCACGGUCGCGACAGUGGCACCUGCUGGACUAUGUUCUUGCUCGGAGGCGAGACCAGCGAGACGUGCCGGUGACAAAGGCGACUCUAGGUGCCGACAAGUGGAUCGACAAUAGUCUCGUCAUCUCAAAGUGCGGAUAAGCCUACAGCCUCACAGAAGACCUCAAGGAAAGCGACUCCCAGGUAAGCUGAACAUUGCCUUGUGAUCGCUGCCUGCUGACCAUCUCCAUUUCAGCAAUUAGAUAGCUCGAAGACUAGCCAACUUUCCAGACGCCGCUGCCGCUGCUGACGAGAACGCUUCCAUGGAGAACCAACGGAGUCAACUUAAGAACACGGCCCAGUCAACCGCCCUGAUUGUCCUCGGUCGCGAAUGUGCCAUAAUUGCGCGUCUCUGCAAGUGGAAAGGUAACCGCCAGCUUUGCGACAACUUUCGAGGCCUCUCCUUGCUGAACAUCGCCAGGGAGACCAUCGCUCACAUUCUCCUCAACCGCCUGAACCACCAUCUCGAGCAAGGUCUCCUGCCGGAAAGCCAGUGCACCUUCCGCCGUCAUUGUGGGAGCACGGACAUGAUCUUUGGUGCCCACAAACGUCAGGAGAAGUGUCAGGAAAUGCGAACGUAUCUCUACAUUAACUUCGUGAAUCGGACGAAGGCCUCUGAAAUGGCGAAUCGCCAAGGAAUGUGGAAAUCAUGCAGAAAUUUGGCUGUCACAAAAGAUUCGCUCAGAUAA